AUGGCGAACUCACGUCUUUACACACCAAAACCUAUCACGGAUAUCUUUACUGCAGACACCGACAUCAACCGUCGAAACUGCCGCCGUAAAGUACCCAUGAAAGUUCUCAUUCUCGGGCUGGGUAGGACUGGAACUGCAUCAAUGAGAGCAGCAAUGCGUGAACUAGGCUAUGUAGACACAUACCACAUGAUGUCAGCCAGUAUCGAAAACCCACCGGACUGUCUCCUCUGGCGCGAUGCCUUCGACGCCAAGUACCAUAACGGCCCCGCCUUCACCCGCGCAGACUGGGAUCAACUUCUGGGUCACUGUCAAGCAGUUUGUGAUUGGCCAGCCAUAGCCUUCGCCCCUGAACUCAUCGCCGCAUAUCCCGAAGCCAAAAUCAUCCUCACAAAUCGCGACGUCGAUUCAUGGCACGCAUCUACACUCAAGACAGUAAACUGGCGCGUGAACGACUGGGAGCUCGAGAAACUUAAGGGAUGGGAUUGGGCUGCUAGCAUGUAUAAACCCAUGUUGCAAGAGUUUUUCGAUUGCUUCUUCGAGGGAGAUUUUGAAAAUAAGGGAAAACAGAUUUAUACUCAACAUUAUGAGAAUGUCAGAAAUAUUGUGAAGGAAAUGGGGCCGGCUGGCGAGGGCAAAUUACUGGAAUAUAAGAUUACUGAUGGAUGGGAGAAAUUAUGCGACUUUUUGGGAGAGGCGGUUCCCAAGGAUAGACCAUUCCCCAAAGUCAACGAUAACAAUGACUUCGUUGAUCGAUCGAAGUGGAGAAACAGAUGUCAAUUGAUGAAUGUGUUGUUUAGAUACGUCUGUAUAGUGUUUGGCUGUGGACUGACAUAUAUUUGUUUGAUGAGGAUUUGGAAUUUGUUGUAG